UGAAAUUUAAUAAUAAAUUUUGAAAUAGAAGGGAAGUCAAAUUCGUCAUCAUGGAUUUUGAGUUCACCAUGAUGAAUAGAACGAGUAUAGUGGUAAUAUCCGGAGCCAUUUCGAACAGCCUGAACAAGUGCAAAGUUCGAAAGCUAGAAGGGAGACCGCUACUUUUGCCACUUCAUGAACGAGUAAGAGAAAUGAAAGUUCAUGAAUUACUGUUGGCCAAAAAGGAGAUCAAGCGGAUUCUAAAAUGUAAACAGGUACUACAGGAGGCAUGUUUAACGCAACUUGAGAAAAGUGUGAAUUCUAGUCUGAAUAAUUUAAAACCAGAUUACAUUGAAAGGUAUAUUUCGAAUGGAGAUAAGUUAAACGUAAUAGUAGUGUGGAAUGGGCAUUCUGAUAGAAACAUUUUACAAAGGAUGGGUAUAGAUAAAUAUGAAAUUUUGAAUAUAACCUGUUAUGAUGAACACCUUACAAAAGAAUUUACAGUUAAAUUAGAGAAGCUAAGAACAAAAGAAAUUAUAUUUAGAUAUGAAAUAGGUUCAUUUGAAAAAAAUGGUAGAAUGUUAAAUUUGGAGGAAACUCACAGUAUAAUGUGUUCGAAAAAACAUAGAAUGACUUACGCUCACGACCCGAAAAUGGACGUGAGGUUCACAAAAUGUAUAUUCAAUAUGGUUUUGAGGAAACAAGGAUACACAAAUUUGAUAAAAUAUUUUAAUUAAUGAAAUAAUUGGAAAUUAAAAGUUUUAAAUAUUUUUUUUUUUUGUAAAAUGGUCAAUCUCACAAAAUAGUAGAAUUAGAUUAAUGAAAAAAAAAAUAUUAUAUAUAACAAUAUGAGGGUAAUUUUGUAAUAAGUAUGUUAUAGUAAUUUAAAUUAUUUUAAUUACAGAGGAAGAAAUAGGAAUUGAAAUUAGGUGGGGGAAUGACAUUAUGACGGUGGAUCAAUAGAAUUUAAAUUAUGAUCGGUGGAAUAAUGUCAUGUCCCAUGUAAAAAAAAAAAAUCUACAAAAUAGAAAAUAGAAAUCGAUUCGGAUAAAAUUCGGAUUGGAAUGUAAUACUGUGCCAAGUAAUUUAAUAGAAAAAAUAAGAUUUGAUUAGUGGUACAAUAUUAUAUUCCGUGCGAGAUAAAAAUCUUCAGAAAAAAUAUAGGCAUUUGAUCAAUUGGUGAUACAUUUAAUAGUUGUGAAUAUAAUGGAACUUUGAAUGGAUCAUACAAUCGAUCAAAUGGAUUUAACAAAUCUCAAUAAGAUAAGGAAAGAAUAAAUAAAGAUAAAAUCAUUUUAAUGCUGGUCUACACCACAAACACAACUUUGAUUAAAUAGUAUGUUUGAGUGAUAGAUCCGCAGUAAAUAAGAUAAAUACAAACGAUAUUGUAGAAAGUGAAAAAAAAAAAAAAAAAAAAUUAAUUAAAUUAACAAUCUAAUAUUAGAUAUAAAGAAUUUUGAAAUAUUUAAAUGGAAGGUAUAUAUAUACAAUGGAAAAAAAAAAAUUAGAUAUAUACGCAUAAGAAAUAGAAAAUAUGGGGGAAAUAAAGGUAAAAUAUAGAACUAAGGUAAAAAGAAAAAGGAUAUAUAUAUGAUAUUAAAUUUAUUAACUAAUAUUGUUAACACGGUGUUGGAAAUGAAAUACAUAAGAAAGUAUAUAUAUAUUAUAUAAACAAAAAGAAAAUAUUGUAAUAACUUUAAGCAUUGAUAUCAUAAAAACUAACACUAAAAUAAGUGAAAUUGUGGAAAAAAGAAAAAAAAAAAAAAAAAAAAAAACUAUAUGUUAUUAUUAUAAACUAACAUAGAUAAUAAUUAAUGAUAUAUUGUAAUACUAAUUGUAAUCUAACAAGAAUUAACAAAUGAUAAAUGAAUUGUUUAAUUGUACUUAAUGUUGAAAAUCAAUGUAACAAAAAUAUAUUGUGGAUUGUACGUAUAUUUUUGAAAACAAUAAGAGAAUAUUUCGAAAUAAUGUAACCAAAAUAUGUAAUUGUAAAAUGAUAAUUAUUGUAAACAUGAUUGUAAUUGUAACAAAUAACUUAUGAAUGUAAAAUUGUAAAUUAGGGAAGGUGCUUGUACUGAAAUUUAGAAAUAAGCCACAUUUUAAUGUUAGAACAGUAAAAUAUGACUUUAAGAGGGGAGGUGUAACGAACCCCCUAAUACGCAUAAUGUAUUAUUGUGCUCGUUUCGCCUUCGGCCACAUUUGGCAACAUAAAGAUUAGAUAAAUAUCAGCACGUAGAAAUUCGGCUAAAAUAAAUCAAAGUCAUAUAUCCAAUUAGAAAGCCUAUGGAAAUAUAACAAGAGGGCAAUACGGUCUUUUGCAUUUUAAUAAGUCUUACAACCUCGCUUUAAUCAUAAAUGUAUGAAUAUAAUAUUUAGAAUUUGCUUACGAACUAUACAUAUAUAUAUAUAUAUAUAUAAUGCACAGUAUCUAAAUAUUGUCGGAUAGCGUAUACCAUAUACGGCAAAACAUGAUAACGAAAUAAAACGGACACGACUCUCCGAUUAACCAGGCGUGGGAAUGUAAACAGCAUCCUGUGAAAUCCACGGAGUUAUCGAUAGACUAGGGGGGAAGUAGAAGAGCAGGAGGCCCUAUAAAACCAGACCCGAAACGGCCUGUAGAUUAGACGUGUAGCACCAUAGUACAGGCGAGCACCUUCACGCACGGCAACAUAAUAAAUUCUCAAAUUGUACUUAGAACAAUUUUCAAUAAAAAACCUAAAUAACUUACAUCAGUCUUAUUAUUCAACUCUACCUGAAGAACUCCUCAUCCAUCA